AAUCGUCAAAAAGGUAUUGAAUCUUUUCUGAAACAACAACACAUUGUGUACUCAUCGAAUUAAAAUGGUUGUGGAAAUACAAAUCAAGAGAGAAACUCACUCUCCAAAUUCCAGCGACGAUGAAAUCUCAUAUCGGAAAAUUACUAACUUUUCCAUAGCAGAAAUUCUGAAACCGGAGUUCGGCUGCAAGAGACGCAAAUUAGCGCCUUUGAUACCGCAGACUCCCGUCAGAUUGCCUAACUUAGGAUCUACGAAAGUGAGGACAGAAACAUCGAGUAAACCUGCAUCUACAGAAGAAAAAAAGACAGCUGAAUUAUGGCCCGCUUGGGUGUUUUGUACCCGUUAUUCAGACAGACCAUCAUCAGGUCCUAGAUGUAGAAAACCAAGAAAGAAACAAUCUGAAGUGGACAAGCGACCCCGAACGGCCUUCACAAACGAUCAGCUGCAGCGAUUAAAACACGAAUUCGACGAAAACCGUUAUCUCACAGAAACACGACGACAACACUUGGCAAAUGAGCUCGGUCUCCAUGAAUCUCAGGUUAAAAUCUGGUUUCAGAACAAACGCGCCAAGUUGAAAAAAGCCACUGGAACCACGAAUCCCCUGGCCCUGAAAUUGAUGUCGGAAGGACUAUACAAUCACAACACGGUCAUUGUAGAUGACAGUGAUAGCUUAGACAUGUGAGAUGUUGGAGAGAUAGGCGACGAUUAUAUUAACUUAAAAGAGAUAUGCUCAAAUUCUCAAAAAAACAAAAAAAAUAAUAAUUUUGGUGUAUAUUACGCUUUAUUUUUGCGAGAAUGAACAAAUGAACUCGUUAUAUUGUGACGUUGUCGUUUCGUGUGUUAAUCGUUAUCAAAAAUGGUGUUCUAUCUAAUCCAAGACAAUUUCGGUGACGAUUUAAUUAAAGCUUUGUGUUCUUUUUCCGUCCAUUGCUCAAAUAUAUGUAUUCUUUAUUAUUUUUUGUUAACCUAUUUUAGAACAACUCAUUUUUAUUAAUAGAAAAACACACAAUGAAGCCAUAUCAUCUUAAGUUUUGAUAUGAAUUAUGUAUUAUGUAUAUUAAUAAUAAUAUGUAAAUUGUACAAGAUAGUCAUCACCAAUGACUAGAUUAAACUCAGUUGUCUCUUUGGUUCAGUUCAAAUGAAUGACAGACAUUAUUGAAGUCACCACAUGAAAGCUAUCACAUUUUAAAUAACGAAACACUUAUCGUUUUUUAUAUCACUUAAGGAAUUUCUGUAUGAAAACAUAAACUUGUUGAAAAUGUUAUUGAAGUUGUGUAAGCUAUAUAUUAUAUGUAUAUUAUAUAUUGUAUAUAUUUAAGAUGUAUUUUUGCGAUAAACGUUUGUCAAAGACUUCCCCAUUCAUCAUAUUGCACAAAAAAUAAAGUGUUCGAAUGUUUCAUUAGAAAAUAAUGCACGUAGUCAUAUUGCUCAACAUACAAAAAAGGCAAUUAGAGAUAGCUCAAUUUUUUUCUCUCUUUAGAUAUACAAAAAUUGUAUACGUUUUUUCUAACAUUUUUAUGCAUCAACUUCGUCUCUUGUUUCAAAGUCUCGUUGUAAAAUUAUCGUCUGUUGACCGUUGUAUGGAAAUUAACCCCCUCCCCCUCUGGUUCUAUUUGGUGCUAUAUAUCAUUAUGUUUUGUGUUUUAAUAGUAUUGUAAUGUUACCAUAAUAUGUGUCUUGUUCUACGUUAAAUUUGUGUUUCUUCAGCCAAGUCAUUAUGGUCAUCACUAUUGUUAUGAACGUUAUUAUUUUUACUGUGAUAUGAAUUUGAUACAAAAGUAAAUAAAUGUAUAUGAUAUCGUA